GUGCAAGCAAGUUUUUCUCCGCCAUACCAUUAGCUUAAGGUCCCAAAAACCCUAGUACUUAUUUGCACUACUUUAAACUCAAAACCCUAAGUCGAGCUCCCUACCAAUUUCCCCUCUUGUCUCUGUGAAUCAAUCAAUCGCGAUUUCUGAUGGCGGGAGGGAAGAUAAAGAAAGAGAGGCAGAAGGGGCAAAGGGCACCUUCCAAUCACUACCAAGGAGGUGUCACUUUCCACAAAUCCAAAGGCCAACACAUCCUCAAAAACCCUCUGCUAGUCGACUCUAUUGUCCAAAAAGCCGGCAUCAAGAGCACCGAUGUCAUCCUCGAAAUCGGUCCCGGAACGGGAAACCUCACCAAGAAGCUUCUCGAAGCGGGUAAAAUGGUAAUCGCCGUUGAACUCGAUCCUCGUAUGGUCCUCGAGCUUCAACGCCGCUUUCAGGGCACCCCUUUCUCUAAUCGCUUAAGGGUUAUUCAAGGAGAUGUGUUGAAGACGGAUUUACCCUAUUUUGAUAUAUGUGUGGCAAAUAUUCCAUAUCAAAUAUCUUCACCUCUUACAUUCAAGUUACUGUUUCAUCAGCCUGCUUUUAGGUGUGCUGUUAUUAUGUUCCAGAGGGAAUUCGCUAUGCGUCUGGUUGCUCAGCCAGGUGACAAUCUUUACUGUCGGCUUUCUGUGAAUACCCAAUUUUAUGCUCGAGUUUCCCAUCUCCUUAAAGUUGGGAAGAACAAUUUCCGGCCUCCGCCUAAGGUUGAUUCUUCUGUUGUAAGAAUUGAACCAAGGAAGCCGCGUCCGGAAGUGAACCACAAGGAGUGGGAUGGUUUCAUAAGGAUUUGUUUCAUUCGGAAGAAUAAAACUCUUGGUUAUUUCAAGCAAAAAAAUGUACUUGCUCUUUUGGAGAAGAAUUAUAAGACUUUGCAGGCACUGCAGGGCUCGCAAAAUGUUUCCUUGGGUGGGAGUGAUGAUAUGGAUGUUGCUAGACUAGGGGAUCAGAGCAUGGAAUUGGAUGAUGGAAUGGAUGAUGGAAUGGAUGUGGAGUGUGAUGAAGCAGAAGGAGAGGUGUCUGAGUUUAAAAAUAAGGUUUUAAGUGUGUUGAAGGAGGGAAAUUUUGAAGAACAGAGGGCGUCCAAGCUUUCACAAGAAAGUUUUUUAACCUUACUCUCUAUGUUCAACAAGGCUGGCAUACACUUCUCUUGAUUUUGCAACAUUACAUUCUUUUUUUCCUUUGUCCUCCUUCCUUAAGUAAUAGGAAUAUCCAAUUUUGUUUGGCUUGUUUCCAUACUAACUAAAGUUAAUUAAUAGAUUCAUCAAUUUUAAACAAUUUUUCUGCCAGGGAUGUAUUUAUGUUGCUUUAUAUUAUCUAGCCAAGCUAUUUAUUACAUACAUUCAUGCUAUGCUAUGUGCUAUUAUUUGUAUUGGUUUAUCUCAUUUAUAUAAGAUAUAUUAUUCAGGCCAA